AGCAGCCCGGCCAAUCGCCGCCCGGGAGCGGUUGCCUGGCUGCCGGUGCUGGAGCAGGGAGCGGCGCGGAACGUCGCCGGUGCUGCUGCUGCUGGCCGCGGCCGAGCGACCCCUCCCCGCUGUGUGUGCGCCGCCGGGCCCCAGCCUGCCGCCGCCAUGUCGUCGCCGUCGUCGUCCGGGGAGCAGUACGAGGAGGAGGAGGACGGCGCCUACGAGAGCCAGGCCAAGCGCCUCAAGCCCAGCGCCGCCGCCGAGGAGGGCGAGAUCGAGUACGGCGGCGAGGAAGGCGAGGGCCGCCGGGAGAAAGCGGCGCCCCCCCGCGGAGGGGGCUUCUCGGGCGGGGAUGUGGGUGGAAGUCAUCACAAAGUUUCUAUUUCUCCUGUCGUCCAUGUCCGGGGACUCUGUGAAUCAGUCGUAGAAGCGGACCUUGUGGAGGCUCUUGAAAAAUUUGGAACCAUAUGCUAUGUCAUGAUGAUGCCAUUUAAACGCCAGGCUUUGGUGGAAUUUGAAAACAUAGAAAGUGCCAAGAAGUGUGUGACAUUUGCAGCAGAUGAGCCAGUGUAUAUCGCUGGACAACAAGCUUUCUUCAACUAUUCUACAAGCAAAAGGAUCACUCGGCCAGGGAACACGGAUGAUCCAUCAGGUGGAAACAAAGUUCUCCUAUUAUCAAUUCAAAAUCCUCUCUACCCAAUUACAGUGGAUGUCUUGUAUACUGUGUGCAACCCUGUUGGGAAAGUGCAACGUAUUGUUAUAUUCAAGAGAAAUGGAAUACAAGCAAUGGUUGAGUUUGAAUCAGUUCUCUGUGCUCAGAAGGCUAAAGCAGCACUCAAUGGAGCAGAUAUAUAUGCAGGAUGCUGUACACUGAAAAUUGAAUAUGCAAGGCCAACUCGACUUAAUGUCAUUAGAAACGACAAUGAUAGUUGGGACUACACUAAACCGUAUCUGGGCAGACGAGACAGAGGGAAGGGCCGCCAGAGGCAAGCCAUUCUGGGAGAACAUCCUUCAUCAUUUAGACAUGAUGGCUAUGGAUCACAUGGUCCUUUGUUACCCUUACCAAGCCGGUACCGAAUGGGAUCUCGGGACACUCCAGAGCUUGUUGCUUACCCACUACCCCAGGCUUCCUCCUCUUACAUGCAUGGUGGAAACCCUUCUGGCUCAGUUGUCAUGGUUAGUGGGUUGCAUCAGCUAAAGAUGAACUGUUCGAGGGUCUUCAACCUGUUCUGCUUGUACGGAAAUAUUGAAAAGGUAAAAUUUAUGAAGACGAUUCCAGGCACAGCAUUGGUAGAAAUGGGUGAUGAGUAUGCUGUAGAAAGAGCUGUCACACAUCUCAACAAUGUCAAGUUAUUUGGGAAGAGGCUUAAUGUCUGUGUGUCCAAGCAGCACUCGGUAGUUCCCAGUCAAAUAUUCGAGCUGGAGGAUGGUACAAGUAGUUACAAGGAUUUUGCUAUGAGCAAGAAUAAUCGCUUCACCAGUGCUGGCCAAGCAUCCAAGAAUAUAAUCCAGCCACCCUCUUGCGUGCUACAUUAUUAUAAUGUACCCCUGUGUGUGACUGAAGAAACCUUCGUAAAGUUGUGUGAUGACCAUGAAGUUCUCACUUUCAUCAAAUAUAAAGUGUUUGAUCCAAAACCUUCUGCCAAAACGCUCUCUGGUCUGCUGGAAUGGGAAUGCAAGACAGAUGCAGUGGAGGCCCUCACUGUACUUAAUCACUACCAGAUAAGAGUCCCAAAUGGCUCUAAUCCUUAUACCUUGAAGCUUUGCUUCUCUACUUCAUCCCAUUUAUAGAGAGAAGAAGAAAGCAUGUUAGGCGCUACAUUCACCUUGAUUUGCAAGUUUGAAACUACAUUUCAUUCAGAAGCUCUGAAGUUGUUGCUCUAAUGUUGCCUCGUUUCCACUUAAUUCUAAGAUCUCCUAUCUUGUUUUAGAAUAAAUGGAUGUUUCUUCAUAAAUACAGAAUAAACCUUCUCUCUUUGCUUCUGAAGAGACCAUGUUUGUUGUAAACUUACUACAAAAAGUUUGUUUUUCACUAAAUUGUAAUUAGUACCUACAAGUAUUCAACCACCUUGUAGGUAGCUUAUGCACAGAUACUGUGUACCAUUCCAAACUUUAAAUCUGCAAUUGUUUUAAUCCAAGAAUGAAGCAUAUUUGCGUUUUCAAUAAUGUUUAAAGGAUUAGCAAGUAUUUUUCCAUUGUAGACUUAAUUGGCAGAUAGAUUCUACGUGAAAUAGUUCUGUUUCUGGUUACAUGUUUAGGUAACGAAGUAUGUUGCAAUUAUUAAUACUAAAAAUAAGUUUGUAUUUAUAAAAUGUUUUCAUUAGGUUAACAUUGCGCACAUACUGGAUUUUGAGUAGCAUAGACUUACCUGAUUUAUAUUUCAAAAAAGCUAGCAUAGAGAAGACAAUUAUUCAGUCAAUUUGUAUAGUGUGCACUCAAAUUUACUUAACAUGGAGAUGGUUUUUAAAAACCAUUUUCCGUUUGCAUUGGCAUACCAGUCCAUUCUUGGGUAACUUUUUUUUAAAAUUAAAGUUUCAGGCCUCAGUCAAUGUGUUCAUCUUCAUUUACUUUACUUCCUGUGAAUUUAAAUUCUCAGUGUUCAUGGAAUCCUCGUGGUAUCUUAAGGUUUUCUUAUAUUGUCAUAAUUUAUUAACAGGUAGAAGUUUGAUCCUGGCAAAAGAGAUUGACAUUGGAGGAAAGAAAUGGGUUUUUCCCCUUGUAAGAGUAUUUAACAAAACAUGUCACAUACUGGGAGACUGUUCUUAAUUCACAGUUGGUAUCCUUGUCCAUAUUGUUUAUUUCCUUAUGUCCGAUUUAAGACUGUUUUGUCAUGGACCAGAAAAGAAAUCAUACAGUCAGUAGGUCUGAUUAUCUUUCCACUUGCGCUAGUGUAAAUCAGAUACAACUCUGUUUGAAUUCAUGGAAUUAUGUGGUGUAAAAUUAAUGAGAUCAGAAUUGGCCCAGUUUUUCUCUGCCAGCUGGGAGAAAAUGUGUUCCACUUCCCAGUGUGUAGCAGUGUACUUUCUCCAGUCACACCCUAACGUCAUUUUAUCCAACCAUAGAAGUUAAAUGGGAACGACCUAUGGAUUGGAUCCUCCAUUUCGUCUGUCUGCCAGUGCAGGAUUACUCAUGCAGUACACUUCCUAGUGUUUUGUGCAAACAGUGAGUGUUCCACCCUUCCCUACAGAGAAAAUUCUGCAGCUUAAAGGAUCUGCUUCUCAGUCUGCAUUUAUUGAUAUUCAGAUUAAACUUUCCCCAUUCUUAAUAUCAGGUUAGUUACACCAUAUGUCAUGCCUCGCUGGCCACGAAACCAAUAAAAUACUUGGCAGCAUUUGUACCUAGGUCUAUAUAUUCCACCCUUUCCAGUAAAAAGUGCAGCCCACCCCAAAGGUUUCUCUUCUACCAGCCUGACCGGCCAGAAGAAACCUGUUCCUUUCUCACAGUAGUCCCCUUUAAGAGUUGUUUUAGUUUGCAUUUCCUAUUGGUAUCAAUGUAGUUCUAGCAGCUGAGAUAGUUUGUAGUUUAGUAUUAGAAUAGUGAUGCCACUUGAUGGGUUUACAAGGUUUUCAGGAUGAAUUACAGUACCUUAAAGCAUUCAGGUUUUUAAAAAAUGCACCUUAUAUAAUGGUAAAAUGACCUCAGUGAACCACCAUGUCUAGAUGAGAAGCAUCUUCCCCACAGCUGUUCAGCCUUGAGUGAGAGAGAGAAGGAGAGCAGCCUCAAAGUAAAGCCUCUCAGAGGACGUUCUGUCAACUAGAAAUCCCGUCACCCAAAAUAUCUGAGCAGUUUGUGCCUACAGGUAUGUUUACACUUCAGUCAGAGUUGUGACUGCAGCAUGUGAAGGUCGGAACUAGCUUGGGUAUGUCUAUAUGAGUUGCACUCUGAUUGCAAUGUAAACUACCCUAAGUCAGGAGUGGAUCUGAAAUCCCAAUGCAGUUCUUCCCUUGAGAGUGUCAUCUGGUCCAUCAGUAAUCGGAGAAUCAGUCUGAUUUCUUAUUGCCAUUUUGCCAUAUAACUAAACUGAUGCAUAGUGGGCCCUCCUUGAGCCUGAAACAACAAGUGCACCUAUCAGAGAUGGUCUCCUUAUUCCACACACACACGGGGGUUCUAGAUCAUGUGUGGUCUGGUUCUUUUGAACACAGACAAAAGAAUGGGAUGGUGGCAGGAGGGGGAGUGACGACAGGAGAGACUAAGAUCUGUACAGAACAUGAAGAUGUUCUUGGCAGUCUCCUGUUCUGUCACAUACUUGUUAGGUUAGAUAAACUGAAGCACUGAUGUCUUGCUGUAAUUUUCCUGCCUUUUUUCACAAGCCUUAUACCCAAAACAUUGAACCUUGCCAUACAAAAGACUUAUUUUUAAACCAUCCACACUCUCGUCGUAAAACACCCACUACUGUGUUUUUCAAUGUAGAAGUGAAGGAUGGUGCUUUUAAAAUCAAGCUUCAACUAUAGACAUAUUAUUGGAGUGGAAAAAUAAAAUAUUGACAGAGAGGAGUUCAUCCUGUUUUAGAUAAUUCCCUUAUGAUAAAAACAAAACCAUACUCUAAUCCUCGUUAAGAUGUUUUCUUUACAUGCAAGGAUUAAGAAGGUUUAGUAGUCUUUGACUUCCCUGUGCUGUCAUCAAGUUGUAGCUAAGGUGAAUAAUUUGAGGAGGGAUUUAAAAGAAAAUAUUCAGGAAAAUAUGCUGUUAGGAAGGAAUGAUACGAUUGAAUGUAGUGUCACUGAGUGUCAUGGGGCGGGGGGUUGGCCUGUGAUUGGCUGAACCCCUUCCCUGGUUAUAAUUAAAUAUAAUUUUCUCCUCUUC